UACGUUGCUCUUCUUGCAGCUCCAAAUAGCUGUCUUAAUCGUUCUAGAAAUCGGAUAUCCCUUUUUGGGGUUUCGUUGAUUCAUCGGGGGAUCGGUCUUUGUAGAGUCAUCGGGACCGAAAAUCCAUCAAGAAAGAAGUAUUUUGGGCACCAGAAUUAGUGUUUGUGUCGAGAUAUUGACAGAUAACCAUGCCAAAGGAGAGAAGAGACCGAUCCGUGUCUAUAGACAAGUCCAGGGCUUCUCCAUACCGAUGCAGCACCAGUCAUCCAAAACGAUCACUGAUCAAGAACCCUUUAGAGAGUGACGAGAAUCUGAAAGAAUGGGAAGAUGCUCGAUGCCCAGUCUGUAUGGAACAUCCUCACAAUGCGAUUCUUCUCUUGUGUUCUUCACAUGACAAGGGUUGCCGUCCUUACAUGUGCGACACUAGCUACCGCCACUCGAACUGCUUUGACCAAUUCCGGAAAUCGUACUCGGAAAGUCAACCACCGUUGGUCCCUCCGACAGAAGAAACUCCAACAGAAGAAACUCCGGUCAUAAUUACGGAAUCCGAACCCUUGUUGCCCAACUUGAUUCCUGAGUCUAGUUUGACUUCUGAGACUGAAGAUAAGUCGAAACUGGUCUGCCCUCUCUGUCGUGGGCAGGUCAACGGUUGGGUGGUUGUAGAGGCUGCCCGUAUAUUCAUGAACACGAAAUCACGAAGCUGUGCUAGCGAAACGUGUGAUUUCUCAGGGACAUAUACGGAUCUUAGGAAGCAUGCAAGAUUGGUGCACCCGCUCGUGAGGCCAUCGGAAGCGGAUCCAGAAAGGCAGCGAGAUUGGAGGAGGAUGGAACGGCAGCGGGAUCUUGGAGAUUUGUUAAGUACCCUCCAAUCGUCUAUUGGAGAAGAUCGAAAUGAAGAUAGUACUAGCAGUUUAUCCUUCGAUGAAGGGGGUUGGUUGACCGUCUUUUUUCUUAUUAGGGUCUUCCGGCCAGGAAACAGUUCAAGAAGCGGUAGCUGGUCUGGAACUUCUCGAGCCAGAGCCCAGGUGACGGUUAGGAGAAGACUAAGGACACGUCUAUGGGGUGAGAGCUACGAUGGUGAAUCUAGAGACGACGAUAAUGAAUCCUCUGAUGGUGGUUCCGGUUCGGGCCCACAUAAUCUUUUCCAACUGAGUCGACGACGACCCACUCCCGACAACGAUGAAUCUUGAAUCACCGAAAAAGCCAUUAUGAAUCUUUAGCUCAUUUCUGCUGCCAAUCUGCUUAAAAGGGUGUGGAAGAGUUCUUGCAGAUUUAUAAGAAAGAAGAAAGCCAUCUGAAAACCUGUAAUUCUUUUACACUCAAAACUUAUAUCAUAUGCUAUAUCUAUAUCUAUAUCUAUAUAUAUUAUAAUUAUAUAUAAUAUUCAAUCAAUGAAUUUUCUCAAAUACUUUUAUCACUGCUUGUUGUGCCUGUCUGCUUUCCAGUUUCCAGCCUCUUGUAUGGUGCAUUUAUAGCGGAGGAAAUUAUAAAAAUGGUCCUUUAAGUGGUAACAAAGUGUCAUUUAUGGUCCUUUGUAUUUUCAACAUAUAUUGGUAGUAAUUCAAUUUCUGAUUCUGUAACAAAAAUGAUCUCUACUUCAUGUUAACGAGUC